GGGUCCGGGAUCCGAGAGCCCCGGGGUCUCGCCGGCGUCUGGGAGCCGCGGCUCGGAGUGGCGGCGGCUGCGAGCGCCACCGGGGUCCGCCGCGCGCGUGGCCCGCGACACCGAGCCGCUGGAGAUGAGGACGGCGGGGCCGAGGCGGAGCGGACGCGGGCCCCGGGACUGACGGUCGCCCCGUCGGGAUUUCCCGUCCCCCUCCACCCCUCCAGGGCCAUGCGUGCGCCCUGAGGGGCGGGCGAGCUGAUGCGGACUCGCUUUUGAGCGGCCACGGACGAGAGAAGCAGCCCCAAAAUGGAGGAUUUUACUACCAGGACCUACGGGACCAGCGGCCUGGACAACAGACCUCUGUUCGGGGAGACGUCUGCCAAGGACCGAAUCAUCAAUUUAGUUGUUGGUAGCUUAACCACCUUGUUGAUUCUAGUAACACUGAUCAGUGCUUUUGUUUUCCCUCAACUACCUCCAAAACCACUGAAUAUAUUUUUUGCUGUCUGCAUCUCUUUGAGUAGUAUUACUGCCUGCAUACUUAUCUACUGGUAUCGACAAGGAGACUUAGAACCGAAAUUUAGAAAUCUAAUUUACUAUAUCUUAUUUUCUAUCAUCAUGUUAUGUAUAUGUGCGAACUUGUACUUCCAUGAUGUGGGAAGGUGAAGCUGCCGACAAGAAAUACUUACCAGGACACUAUCUAUGUGAAUUAACUGCUGGAAACAAGUAUGCUGAAGAAUCUCUGCACAAGUGUGGCACAUGAUUAUCACGUUCAUUGUAACUCUGAAUUCCCUCUUGCAAGGGAGCUGUAUCAUAGAUUUCCGCUUUUCUAAAGAAGCUGAAACAUUCCAGCCCUCAAAUGGCAAAGUCUUUUCACUUUUGAAAUCAGUUUUUUUUUUUAACAAUUUAAUUGCAUGGCUCAAUCUUACAUUUUAAGACAAAUACUCUUUUAUUUCUGUUAAACUGAAUUUACAAUUAUUGUUCCCUAGGCAACCAACUUUUGCUUAUUACUACAGUUUCACAUUAAUAAAACAAAGAUGGUGAAAAGACAA